AUGGACAACUACGACCACAACUCUAGCCCCGCGAUACUGUCCCAAUCACCGUCACCGUCACCGUCACCACCUCGAUCCUCAUCUCAAUCACGAACCCCCCGACGCCCACAAUACACCGCCAACAUAGGCAUCCGACGACGAGGCUACUGGCCACCUGAGGCAAACUACGACGACUUUCACGUUGAAAUUCCCCCUUCCCCAGUUCUGGAGAAAGUCGCUCUUACAAUCAUGUGUUCCUUCUUUGUGAUCCUGCUCAUCCUCGAGAUCUAUGUCGGUGUGAUCUUGGUGUUUUGGUCCGUCAUGCCGGAGUCGUUGGAUGCGCAUGUCAGGGUUUUGAAAGCGACGUUUUUUUGA